AUGGUGCAGUCCCUCUACGAGAUUGCCCUAUGGAAAUGUAUCCAGCUGUCAGCACGCAUCACUGACGUAGGAGAUAUACCUUACCAUCGAGUGAAGCCUGUGCUCAAACGACUAAAUGCUAAACAGCUUAUAGCGGUCGAGGAGAAUAGUCCGGCGAUAAUGCCAGAAUCAGACGAGCUCUGGUCGGGGCUAAUAGAGCGAGACUUCCCUGAUCGUCCAUCCAAAGCAAAGUUCAACUUGGUCAGUCCAGAAGACGACGCCAUGCCCAACAAAUCGCUCUAUGAAAAGUAUGCGGACGAACGAGAGGAACUCCGAGCUUCUAGUGCUCAGAGACUACGCAAAAUGACCCAGAAACUACAGAAAGAAAAGUCUCGAAAUUCCAUCGUGCCUAUUCAAGGUAUUAUGAGAGAGCCUGUAGUACGAAGACGCAUGCCGGCGAUGUCGCUGGCCACGCCACUGUAUUCCAAGUAUGGAUCCAAGUCUAUAUUGGGAAAAGCCAUGAAAGAUGUGCAGCAUCGCCACCUAAUGUUCAAAAGUUCAAGCCGUAGUGAUCCAUUUGCUGCCUUCAGUGCUAAGAAGAACGAUAAUGCUCAGAAAAGAGCACAGGUGCCUCGUGUGCCGAGCUUUCAGGUAGCUGAAAACGGGCCUACUGGUAUAUACUCACAGAAGCCAUUAGGACCAAGUCCACAGAAUGCUACGGGGACAUCACGACCAGGAUUUGUGUAUAACUCAGCAAGAAUUCGAGGUGGAGUGGUUUCGUCUCCAAACGGAGUAGUUUCGCCUCCUAAUGGAGCCAGAUCGCCGCUGAGCGGGUCUUCAAGUCCCAAGGAAGUCUCUCCAAAUCCAGAUUCUCGCAAACGAAAACAGACGUCCAUAUUCCUUAGCUCUAAGAGGCUACCUAGAGCACCCAGAAUUCCUCUGGAUCGGCCGAGGAGAACAGAAGAGAAGACGAAACAAAGAGACGACAGACCGGUGGAGAAGCCUGGUGCCCCUAAACUGGUGCGAUCGUCCAUAUUCUACUAA